AUGACUGCCGACCGUCUCAAUAUGAAGAGGCGGGCUACGUGUAACGAUGAUAAUGAAUCAAUAUUCUACUACCUUGCUUGGCUUGCCGUUGUAGUUCAGCAAUGGGAGGGUUUCUGUGCUUUGACCAGCCAAAUGUUGCUCAGGUGGACGCCCCCUGAAAGCCAGGAAUGUGAAGAAAUGACCAUUCUUUUCAGGUCAUUGGCAAGGCACAGCUUCCCUCUGCUGACAUUGGGUCGAACAAACCCUCUCAGCAAGCCAGACCAGGCAGGUGUUAUUGACUUGAUGAUCGCUCUGGUCGAAUUUGACCAAUGGCGUUGA